AUGAAAGAUGGUUGUGCUGGUGAAUUACACGAAGAUAUUGGUUCAAGUUAUGAAAACUUUCUGGGUCAUGUUCACAUAAAAAGAAUACAAGCAAAUGCUUUCUUAAGUGAUCAAAACCUGGAAAAUGUAAGAGUGCUGGAAAUUGAUUUUGCUAUGUCUUAUAGCUACUCCCAUAUUCUAAACUUUCUGUUUAUUCUUGGAAAUGCUGAGAAUGAUGAAUUAGCUGAUGCAAUAAGAGAUUCAAGAAUGAAGGCCUUUGCAAAUAUUUUUGUGGGAUUUUGUAUCCUUGAUGCUAUUGCUGCUGCUCCUACAAUGAGUUCUGUAAUUUAUGAUUCUGAAACAUAUGACAUUGCUUUGGAAGAUCUGGAUAGCCUAUAUGACUAUGAUGAAAAUCUAUCUGUUGAUCAGGCACAGGUAGAGAUUGGAACAGUUUUACCAUCCAUAACUCGAGAGAUUUAUUUACCCCCACCAUUGCCAGAAGAACCUGAAGAGGAAGCAUCUACACCCAAACUUAUUGAUGGCUCUUCACCUCAUGGGCCAGGAGUUCUUGGUCCCCAUACCCAUGAAGGACUCCCAACUUGUCUCCUGUGUACUUGUCUGGGUACCUCUGUGUACUGCGAUGACCGUGAACUUGAAGCUCUCCCACCCUUGCCCAAGCAAACCACCCAUUUCUAUUCCCGCUACAACAGAAUCAAAAAAGUCAACAGGGAUGACUUUGCUAACUUAAGCAACUUAAAAAGGAUUGACUUGACUUCAAACUUCAUAUCUGAAAUCGAUGAAGAUGCCUUCAGGAAAUUACCACAACUUCAGGAGCUGAUACUUCGAGAUAACAAGAUAAGGCAGCUUCCCGAAUUACCACCAACUUUGAUAUUCAUUGAUAUUAGUAACAACAGACUUGGUCGCAAAGGAAUAAAACAAGAAGCUUUCAAAGAUAUGUUUGACUUGCACCAUCUUUAUAUCACUGAUAACAACUUGGAUCAUAUCCCGCUUCCACUCCCUGAAAGUCUCCAAUCGCUUCAUCUGCAGAACAACAAUAUACAAGAAAUGCAUGAAGAUACUUUCUGCAAAAUGAAAGAUUAUUCUUAUAUCCGUAAAUCUCUCGAAGACAUCAGGCUAGAUGGCAAUCCUAUUAAUUUGAGCAACACCCCAUAUGCUUAUAUGUGUCUACCCCGUUUGCCUGUUGGCAGCCUUUUUUAAGG